UUAACUUCCGAACGAUUAUUAAUUUGAAAAUAUCUUUUUCAAAUGUAUUUUUUUUCGUUUAAAUUAAUUUUACGCAACAUAACCUUUACGUUUAUUGUCUGAAGUCAUGGAACAGGUGGACUUUUGUACUACAAAAGGUGACGGGAAUGACAAAUGUUGUAAUUCCUCUCCAUGCCCAGAAAUAGUAGCUAAUUCGAUGUCGGAUGAAAAUGUAUCAGAAAAAACAAAUGUACUCAGAACAGAUCAUGAAAAUGAUAGUGUACAGCCUAUUGAAGAUACAGCUGCUACUACAUCUCAAGACAUACCACAAGAAAAAAUAGACUUUAAAGUAAUCUACAACAAACAGAAGAUUAAUAUAAAUUUUGCAUUAGAUGGUACUGUGGCCGAGCUGAAAGCACAUCUUCAAAAUAUUAUUUCAGUGCCACAAGUAAUGCAAAAAGUUAUGUUUAAAGGAUUAGCCAAAGAUGAUCAAACGCUUAGAAACUUGGGAGUUACAAAAGGUGCCAAAGUCAUGAUAGUAGGAUCAAAACUAGAUGAUGUAUUAGCUGUAUCAAUUCCGUCAAAGCAGGAUCUAGCAGAUGAAGCUAGUUCUACUGCAAGUAAGGAACCACUGUCGCAACAAAAAAUUCACCGUAAAAUUCUAGAUAAAGGUAUUCCAGAUGAUGUUAUGCCGGGUAUAUUAGAUAGUAAGGAACCACUACCUGAAUUUCCUAUCUCAGGUAUGCUGAAUAAAUUUCGUGGCAAGGUUAGACUUACAUUUAAAUUGGAACAAGACCAGCUUUGGAUCGGUACAAAAGAAAGAACUGAUAAAAUUCCUAUGAACUCAAUAAAAGGUGUCCAUAGUGAACCAAUACAUGAUCAUCCAGAGUAUCAUAUUAUGGGUAUACAAUUAGGAACAACAGAAGCAUCAAGAUAUUGGAUAUACUGGGUUCCUGCACAAUACAUAUCAGCCAUCAAGGAUGCUAUUCUUGGAAAGUGGUGUUACUUCUGAUCAAGUGCAAAUGGAAAUUUCGUUUUCUCUGAAAACAAUGUGUAAUCAAGUGUAAACAUUGACACAAAUACGAUUGUGCUAGUCACACACUUUUAACAGUAAGUAAUAACUUAUUUUGCGUUGAAAUGUCACUGAGGAGUCCCAAUAAAAAUAAUUUGUUCUAGUAAAGAAUACCUUAUAGAUAAUUAAGGUUUCAGUUAAUAGUGGUAUGAUAUGCGUCUCAAUUCAUUUUGCCAAUGUUUCAGGUUUUUAGAAUAAACUUUUGAAAGUGCUUUUAAAUUAUGUGGCACAUGACAUAUUCUGUGAUUAUUGGAACUUCCAUAGCUCAUAAUGUAUUACAAUGUUACACAGUUUAAAGAGCAGUUUCUUUUUCUAGGAGGGGGGAGGGUUAAUGUAAUCAUAAAUUACAUUACAUCAAAUCCAUAUAUUGUCCUAAUUAAACAUGAAUCACAAGAAGAGCAUUGUUUUUAUUUGGACACUUUAGCCAAAAAAUUAUAGCUUAAAUGAGUCAAUUGGAAAAUUCUAUGUUUUCUGAUUAUUUAAAUAGGGGCUUUUGAAAUUUAGAAUAAAA